CCUCAUACUUGCUCCCAGUUCGUCACUGCUUGAGUAUUUGCAUCAAGCCGCCGCCCUCUUGUUCUGCUGCUCUGCAGUCCACAUGAGGAAGGCAGCUAGUAGAGGAUUUGCAGCCUCGGCUGCCAUUGUCGGCACAGUACUGCUGCUGCUCGGCGGCGCGGCACCAGCGGCGGCGGCGACCACCGGCCCGGGGAGGAACAACUGCACCAGGAGCUGCGGUGGCACUGACAUCCCGUACCCGUUCGGCGUCGAGCCCGGGUGCUACCACGCCGCCUGGUUCAACCUCACCUGCGACCGCUCCUUCCAGCCGCCGAAGCUGUUCCUGGGCGACGGCACCGUGCAGGUGCUGGAGAUCUCCGUCCCCAACGGCACGGUGCGCAUCAACAGCAGCCGGCUGCUGCACACGGUCAUCGGCGCCGGGGCCAGCGCCGCGAGCGGGCUGUGGGGCCGGGGCCUCCCGCUCGGCGGGCCCUUCUUCCUGUCCGAGUCCAGGAGCAGCGUCGCGCUGGUGGGCUGCGGCGCCCUGGUCCAGCUCCGCGGCGGGGACGAUGGCAGCCUGAUCGCCUCCUGCGCUGCCGUCUGCCCGCUCGACGGCGACCGCCGGAUCGUCGUCGAGUCCAGCGGCGCCUGCGCCGGCGUCGGCUGCUGCCAGGCGAGCAUCGUCCUGGGCUACGACUCCUACAACAUCCAGGUCAACAAGCUCAACGCAUCAGCUUACGCCGAAGCUGCCGUCUACUUGGUUGACAAGGGGAUUAGCUACGCCGACGAGGUCGCCGGCAGUGUCUACGGCUACUUUCCUGAGGCGCUCCCGGCCACGCUCGACUGGGUGAUCAACCACACAGGGUGCCCGUCUGUAUACAGGGACGGAGUCGCCAGCGAAUGCGUCAGCUCCAGCAGCAGAUGCGUCGACGCAGGUAAUAAUGUUCCCGAUCGUGGGCGUCGGUGCGCCUGCGGUAUUGGCUAUCAAGGCAACCCUUACAUCCUGGAUGGAUGCCAAGAUAUCGACGAAUGUAAGUCUCCAGACAUCUACCCAUGUUAUGGCAUCUGCACAAAUGUAUUAGGGUCUUUUAUUUGUGAGUGCCCUUCUGGGUAUUACGGAAAUGCUUCUGCCCCAGAUGGAUGCCAAGACAUAAACGAGUGUUUGAACCAGGAAGCCUACUCGUGCUAUGGCACCUGCCUAAACGUGCCUGGAGCUUUCCACUGUCAAUGUCCAACUGGAACCGAUGGAAAUUCUUCCAGAAAAGGGGGAUGCGUUACAAUAAAGAACUCAUCCCCAGUUUCAGGUUUAGGCAUCGGGCUAGGAGUAUCUGGUGGUACAAGUCUUUUGCUUCUAGCAUUUGGUGCUCCCUUCAUAAUUCGGAAACUCAAGCAGAGAAAGGUGAAGAAGAUGAAAGAGAAAUAUUUCAACCAAAAUCAUGGUUUAUUAUUGCAGCAAAUGAUAUCGCAUAAGGCGGACAUUGGCGAAAGGAUGAUAAUUACAUUAAGGGAGCUGGAGAAGGCUACAGACAAUUUUGAUAGAUCUCGCGUAGUUGGUGGUGGAGGACAUGGUGUUGUGUUCAAAGGAAUUCUAGAUCUGCAUGUCGUGGCAGUCAAGAGAUCAAAGAUUGUAGUGCAAAGAGAAAUUGAUGAAUUCAUAAAUGAAGUUGCGGUUCUUUCUCAAGUGAACCAUAGAAAUGUCGUGAAGCUUUUAGGAUGUUGCCUUGAGACAGAGGUUCCACUACUAGUUUAUGAGUUCAUAUCGAAUGGAACUCUUUAUCAUCAUCUUCACGUUGAAGGACCUGUAUCACUUAGAUGGGAUGACAGGAUACGGAUUGCACUAGAAGUGGCUAGAGCGCUCUCCUAUCUACAUUCAGCAGCCUCAAUGCCAAUAUUUCAUAGAGAUAUUAAGUCCUCGAAUAUACUUCUGGAUGACAAUUUAACUGCCAAGGUAUCAGACUUUGGAGCUUCAAGAUAUAUCCCAAUUGAUCAGACAGGUAUAACUACAGCGAUUCAAGGUACAAUUGGUUACUUAGACCCAAUGUACUAUUACACAGGCCGACUAACAGACAAGAGUGAUGUCUUCAGCUACGGGGUUCUUCUUAUAGAAUUGCUUACAAGGAAGAAACCAUUUGGGUAUAGAUCUGAUGGUGGUGAUGGCAUUGUUUCAUAUUUUGUCUCACUAUUGACGAAAGGCAAAUUGUUUGAUAUAAUAGAUCCUCAAGUUAUAGAGGAAGAAGACGGAGAAGUCCAAGAAGUAGCCACACUGGCAGCAAUGUGUACUAAACUGAAGGGAGAAGAUCGGCCUACAAUGAGAGAAGUAGAGAUGACACUUGAGAAUCUAUUACUAGUUAAGAAGAAACAUGUUCCGUGGAAUACAAAAUCAAGAAAAUAUGGCGAUGAUGAAACUAUGGCUCACUGGAUGUCAACCGAACAAGUUUCUACUGAAGUAAGUAGGCAAUAUAUAAUUGAAGAGGAAACAUUGUCAUCAGCAAGGUAGAUGAUAUUAUGCUGUAUUGAACAAUGUUGCUUCUAUAUUCAGUCCAAAUACCUAGGAAGUAGUAGGAAGGAAAAAAAAAAGGUCAUUUCCUAUGUUAUUUUCUAAAUUAUAAAUCCUAUUUACCUUUUUAAAAUUUUUAUCUCCCGUUAAUUUUGCAUUGCGG